AUGCAACAUUUGUUUAAAAAUAAAUUUUACGUUAAUAAAUGAGGAGCGUUUUUAAUAAAAAAAAAUUGAAACUCCGCUAGAUAUAUAAUAAAAUUGGAAACUGAAGCCAUGGCUUACCACUAUGUAGUAACAGCUCAAAAACCUACAGCGGUUACAGCAUGUAUAACAGGAAACUUUACUUCACCUACCGAUUUAAAUUUGCUGGUUGCAAAGGUAUCACGGCUAGAAAUGUAUUUGGUGACUCCUGAGGGCUUGCAUCCAAUGAAAGAAGUGGGACUAUAUGGAAGAGUUGCCAAAAUGAAACUAUUCAGGCCUCCGUAUGAGAGCAAAGAUUUAGUGUUUAUAUUAACGGCACGCUACAAUGCUAUGAUACUAGAGUGGAGAACUGGGCCAGACGGUGAACUAGAAGUGGUAACCAGAGCUCAUGGGAAUGUAUCAGACAGGAUUGGCAAACCCUCCGAGAAUGGCAUAUUGACAGUAAUUGACCCACAAGCAAGAGUUAUAGGCCUGAGGCUUUAUGAUGGACUCUUCAAGAUUAUACCUCUUGAUAAAGACUCUACUGAAUUAAAAGCAGCUACAUUAAGGUUGGAAGAGUUAAAUGUUUAUGAUUUGGAAUUUUUACAUGGUUGUGCCAAUCCCACAUUAAUUUUAAUACAUCAGGAUCUCAAUGGAAGGCAUAUAAAAACACAUGAAAUAAAUUUGAGAGAUAAAGAGUUUAUGAAGAUACCCUGGAAACAAGACAAUGUGGAAACGGAAGCCUCAAUACUUAUACCAGUUCCUAGUCCUUUAGGUGGUGCUAUCGUAAUUGGACAAGAAUCUAUUGUAUAUCAUGAUGGGCAGAGUUAUGUGGCUGUUGCGCCGCCACAAAUAAAGCUCACUCCAAUAAACUGCUACUGCCGAGUUGACACUAAAGGCCUCCGGUACUUACUUGGUGACAUAUCAGGCAGACUCUUCAUGUUGCUGCUAGAAUUACAUGAAAGAGUUGAUGACGUCCAGGCUGUAAAGGAUCUGAAGGUGGAACUGUUGGGGGAAAUCCCGAUACCCGAAUGUAUGACAUACCUGGACAACGGUGUGGUGUUCAUUGGCUCGAGGUUGGGUGACUCCGCCCUGGUGCGGCUGUCGGCGGCGCGAGACGAGGCCGCGCACUACGUAAAGGUGAUGGAGAGCUUCACCAGCCUCGCGCCCAUCGUCGACAUGUGCGUCGUGGACCUGGAGCGGCAAGGGCAGAACCAGCUCAUCACGUGCUGUGGCGCAUACAAAAUGGGUUCGCUCCGCAUAAUACGAAAUGGUAUCGGCAUCCAAGAACAAGCCAGCAUAGACCUCGCUGGUAUCAAAGGCAUGUGGGCCCUUACCUUGGAGAGCAAUUCUACCUUCCAUGACACACUGGUGCUAGCCUUUGUGGGGCAGAGCAGAGUAUUGACACUCAGCGGUGAGGAAGUAGAGGAGACAGAUAUCAAAGGAUUUGUUUCGGACAAGCAGACUUUCUUCACAGGCAAUGUUUGUCAUGAUCAGAUUAUACAGGUGACAGACGAGGGCGUCCGGCUGAUCGGUCGCGGCCCCGGCGGCUGGGGGCAGACGGCCGAGUGGGUCGUCGGUGGGCGACGAGCCAUCUCCGUGGUGGCGAGCUCGGAGACGCGCGUGGUGGUGGCCGCGGGGAACGUCGUGUUCCUGCUGGCCAUCAGGCAGGCCGCGCUCGACCUCAUCACACAGGUGUGCAUGGAAGAGGAGGUGGCUUGUCUGGACCUGGGUCCCGGAGACGAAGACGCGCUUCUGGGCGUUGGGCUGUGGACUGACAUAUCUAUCAGAGUACUGAGGUUGCCCGAUCUCACUCCUCUGCACACCGAGAAGUUAGGAGGGGAGAUAAUCCCGCGGUCGCUGCUCAUCAGCGUGCUGGAGGACGUGUGGUACCUGCUGUGCGCGCUGGGCGACGGCUCCAUGUUCUACUUCACGCUGGACCCCGCCACCGGCCUGCUCACCAACCGCAAGAAGGUUACACUUGGAACACAGCCUACAGUUCUACGGAGCUUCAGGUCACUGUCCACAACCAACAUCUUCGCGUGCUCGGACCGGCCCACGGUCAUCUUCUCGUCCAACCACAAGCUGGUGUUCUCCAACGUGAACCUCAAGGAGGUGACGCACAUGUGCUCGCUGAACGCGCAGGCCUACCCCGACAGUUUGGCGUUGGCCACGGACAGCACGGUCACCAUCGGCACCAUCGACGAGAUACAGAAGCUGCACAUCCGCAGCGUGCCCCUGGGAGAGACCCCGAGGAGGAUCGCUUAUCAAGAGGCCUCACAGACUUUCGGCGUGAUCACGAUGCGUGCGGACAAGCCGGAGUGGGCGGGCGGGAGCGCGACCCGUGGCACCUCCGCGUCCACGGCCGCCGCCAGCACCAGCGGCGCGCCGGCGGCGGCCAAGCACGCGCCGUCCGUGUUCGACCUGGAGAUACACAACCUGCUGGUGCUGGACCAGCACACCUUCGAGGUGCUGCACGCGCACCAGCUGGGCGCGGGCGAGUUCGCCAUGUCGCUGGUGUCGUGCCGCCUGGCCGACGACCCCGCACACUACUACGUGGUGGGCACGGCCAUCCUCAACCCGGAGGAGUCCGAGCCCAAGCAGGGUCGUAUAUUAUUGUUCCAUUGGUCAGAAGGAAAGCUGACGCAAGUUGCGGAGAAGGAAAUAAAGGGCGGCUGUUACACCCUUGUGGAGUUUAACGGGAAAUUGCUCGCUUCUAUCAACAGCACUGUGAGACUGUUUGAGUGGACGUCAGAAAAAGAGCUGCGUCUCGAGUGUAGCCACUUCAAUAACAUCGUGGCGCUCUACCUCAAGGUGAAAGGAGAUUUCAUUCUGGUGGGCGACCUGAUGCGCUCCAUGUCGCUGUUGCAGUACAAACAGAUGGAAGGUAGCUUCGAGGAGAUAGCGAGGGACUACACUCCCAACUGGAUGACGGCGGUGGAGAUCCUCGACGAUGACACAUUCCUCGGAGCAGAGAACAGCUUUAAUCUGAUCGUAUGCCAGAAAGACAGCGCGGCGACGACGGAUGAGGAGAGACAACAAAUGAGUUACAUGGGCCAGUUCCACAUCGGCGACAUGGUGAACGUGAUGCGGCUGGGGUCGCUGGUGGGGCAGCACGCGGACACCGCCGCGCCCGUCUCCAAGCCGGCGCUGCUGGCUACCGUCAGCGGCGCUAUAUGUCUAGUAGUACAGCUAUCGCAAGACCUGUUUGACUUCCUUCACCAACUCGAGGAGCGACUGACCCACACGAUUAAGUCCGUCGGCAAGAUCCCACACUCGUUCUGGCGCUCCUUCAACACGGACAUCAAGACGGAGCCGGUAGAGGGCUUCGUGGACGGUGACCUCAUCGAGAGCUUUCUGGAUCUCAGCAGAGACAAGCAAGAAGAGACUGUGCAAGGGUUACAGAUAGAGGAAGGCGGUAGUAUGCGGGACGCGACCGUCGACGACCUCAUCAAGAUAGUGGAGGAUCUCACGCGGAUACACUGACGCACUUACACCUAAUAAAUGUUCUAUUGUGAUGUGAAUAUUAUUAUAUAUUUGUACGGAAAUAUCCCGUUUCAGACGACACUUAGGGCUCGUUCAGACACGCGGUAAGCUACACGCGAGUUCUUGAGAAGUACGAUUCGCGCGGUGCAACGCAACUUAACGCUGAGAAGGGGUUCCUUUUUUAUACAUAUUCGUCUAUAGUCGGGGGCCUUACUGACUUGUCUUUAGUAUUUUCAUUUAAUUAAGUAAUUAUUUUCAGUAGUUUUGUUUUCGAAAAGUCCAAUCCAGUUAUGUAAUAUCAUGAGAUAUUUUCCAUUUAUGUUAUAUUACUUAUAUAAUAUC